AUGAUAAAGCAAGAGCCAGGAAAAGAGCCUGAAGCUGAUGGAAGAAGAGAAAGAUUAAUGGAUGCUUUUAAUGAUGACUCGGAAAUUGUUGCAAUGAUUAAAGAAUUGUUGGAAACUCGUAUACGACCUACUGUGCAGGAUGAUGGUGGGGAUAUUGAGUACAUAGGACUUGACCCGAUUAGUUUUGAGGAUGAUGAGUUUGAAGAUGCUGGAGAAGGAACUGCUCUGUCUCUGAUUGUAGAUGCGUUUGAGGAAAUUGCGGAAGUUAUACAGGCCCAAGACUUAACUGAUCCGGUUCCAGCUUGCGUAUUGAAGCCACUAGUUAAGGACCGGUAA